UCCUGAAAACAUUCAGUGACUGAUACAGUGAAACUACCACAGACCACGCGCAAGAUACCAGCACCGGCACACCUGCAUUUUAAAAUACUUUUUAUUUCUUUUGUCUAUUGGCUACUUGUGUGCCAUUCAACCGUGUCGCUUUCCAGAAAUCUUCCACUGGUGGAUAUUUAUACAGAGACACGUAUUUCAACAGACAGGAAAAAGAGGGAAAGAAGAGAAAAGGAAGGAGAAGGAUAAAAAAGUCUUUAUUGUGGCCCUUUCCCCGUCAAACUGCAACAUCGGGGGAAAUCGAACUACUGGCAAGAACUGGGGGGACCCGUGACUGCCUCUAGCAUGAUGUCAUACCUCAAACAGCCCCCGUACGGCAUGAACGGCCUGGGGCUUAGCGGUGCGGCCAUGGACCUCCUCCAUCCAUCAGUAGGAUACCCAGCGACGCCGAGAAAACAGCGCCGAGAAAGGACUACAUUCACGCGCUCACAGCUGGACGUAUUGGAGGCGCUCUUUGGCAAGACGCGCUAUCCAGAUAUAUUUAUGAGAGAAGAGGUUGCUCUGAAAAUUAAUUUGCCCGAAUCCAGAGUCCAGGUGUGGUUUAAGAAUCGUCGGGCCAAGUGCCGACAGCAGCAGCAGAGUGGCAGCAGCGCGAAGGCGCGUCCGGCCAAGAAGAAGUCCUCGCCUACCCGCGAGAGCACGGGGUCGGAGAGCAGCGGCCAGUUCACCCCGCCUGCCGUGUCCAGCAACGGCUCCUCCUCUAGCUCCAACUCCUCCAGCAACAACGCCGGCAUUAGCAGCACUUCUACCUCCAUCAGCACGCCCGUCUCCUCCAUCUGGAGCCCCGCCUCCAUCUCCCCGGGCUCCGCCCCUCCGUCCGUCUCCCUCCCGGAGCCCAUGCCAGCCACCAAUACCUCCUGCAUGCAGCGCUCCGUCUCAGGGGGCACGGCGUCCUCCUACCCGAUGUCCUACAACCAGACCACGGGCUACAGCCAAGGCUAUCCCACCCCGUCCAGUUCCUACUUCGGCGGAGUGGACUGCAGCUCGUACCUCGCGCCCAUGCACUCUCACCACCACCCGCACCAGCUCAGCCCCAUGGCCCCCUCCUCCAUGUCGGGACACCCGCACCACCACAUCAGCCAGUCCUCCGGGCACCACCACCACCACCAUCACCACCACCAGGCCUACAGCGGGGCUGGCCUGGCCUUCAACUCUUCAGACUGCCUGGAUUACAAAGACCAAACCGCCUCCUCUUGGAAACUCAACUUCAACACGACGGACUGCUUGGACUACAAAGACCAGGCCUCCUGGAGGUUCCAAGUUUUGUGAUUUCCUUUUUAUUUUGGAAAUUUUUUUUUUUUUUUUUUGAUAGUGUGGUGAUUAAAAAAAAAGAAAAGAAAAAAGAAUCAUAAUCCAUGAACUUCAAAAGUUAACAUAUAGUUAGACGUUCACCAACUUGACGUUUUUUUAAAUCCCUUUUAAGAAAUUUAAAACUAAAAAAAUACCCAAAUGGACAGCUGUGGACAAGCUUUGCCGUGUUUUGUUUUGUUUUUUACUUUUAUCAAUGAAGAAUUGUACUGAAAGGCCAAUGGACGACCUUAAAUGCUGGACAAGUUUUAAAGUGUCAUUUUAACCAAACUUCAGUGAGCACCAUUUCCACAGUUCCCUAUAUGUGCUCAUCUCUUCUUAUGACAAGGAGUACUAUACUAUUCCCACACACGAAUUGUCAGCCCAAUGCUCUGAUUACCUCCACCCAAAUCAACUUGUAUAAUUUUUUUCAUAAACUUGUUAUUUUUAGGACGAAAGAGAUUUUAGUCAGCUACAUACAUGAGCUGAAAUGUGUAAAUAAGUAAUUGGGUCAGUUACAGUGGCCGCAUUUAGUUGGUGUUACUGGGUUUGAAAUUGUUUUUAAAAUAUUAAGACAAAAAAAAAAAGAUUAUCCUCCCAAAUUCUCUAAAUAUCGAUUAGGAAGUGAGAAGAAAGCAAUCGUUUUGACACAUUUUUUGUUACCUUGAAUCUCAAAAAUAGAACAGUCAAGUGAAUUUAUAAACAUGUGUUAUUGCCCCAGAAAAUAAAAUACAACGGAGAAACUGUAAAAUGAUAUACAUAAUUGGAUUUUCAUUCAAGCUGCUGUUUCUAAAUUAUAUAUUACAUACACGUUUUAUCUAGAACACGAUAGAUAUUGUCUUUGAUGUUGACGACUAUUUUUCAUGGCAGCACUUGGCAUUUUUUUUGAGUUCCUCUUUAAUUGAUAGAAGCGAAUUGGAAAUACGAUUUCAAUACUCCAGUGAAUUGUUGAAUGUAUUU